GCAAAUUGUUCACCAAGGCGAUAGCUUUAUGAGUAGUAGUAAGCCAGCCCGUACGGAUACCAAAGUCACCAACUCCCAACUCUGUCAUUCACAGCAAACACAUACAAAAGAAUCAGAAAGCUGAAGUUUUAGGAUGCCAAUGAAUAAUAUGAGAUCAUUUACAAGAAACUUGAAUAAGAUCUCUCAAAAACGGGGCAUUCACGGAGUCUCGUAUGCACCUCAAAAAUUACAAGGUAUUUCCUUCGCUGGUAGAGAAACGGCUAGUCCCACUGGAUCUUUGUCCGUUGUUGUACGUGCUGGUAGCCGCUAUCAACCCGAUGCCGGAGUUGCUCACUUAUUGGAGAAGUUUGCCUUUAAAAACACCGAAGAUCGCUCUGCCUUGCGUAUUACUCGUGAAUCAGAACUUUUGGGAGGUCAGCUUUCCACUCAAUUGACUCCUGAACAUAUUAUUUUGACUGCACGCUUCUUAAACGAGUACAUGGAAUAUUAUGCUCGUUUACUUGCCGAAGUUAUUGAUGCUUCUCAAUAUCUUGGCUUCCAAUUAAAAGAAGAGGUUUUGCCCACCGCAAAAUUGGAAAGCUCUUUAUGGAAGGGCAACCCCAUGAACGUUGCCUUAGCCAAACUUCACGAGAAAGCUUUCCAUCGUGGUCUUGGUGACUUGCCUUAUCUUCCACUUGGCGCUAAUGCUUCCAUUUCCCAAAUUGCUGAUUAUGCUAAGGCUGCCUACGUAAAAUCUAAUUUUACAGUUGUUUCUUCUGGCCCUGAUGUUCAAAAGGCUGCUGAUGCAGUUGCAAAGUAUUUCUCAGUUGUUCGCGAUGGAAGCCCUCUUCCUACCGCUCCCACCAAGGUUGCAUCUGGUGAAUCUCGCAUUUACUCUAGCAAGCCAAUGAACCACUUCUUACUUGGUUUCCCCACUAACUCUGCUCCUUCGGCUGAGCUUUAUGUCUUGUCCUCUAUUCUAGGUGGUCGCUCCUCUGUCAAGUGGUCUCACGGAAACUCUUUACUUGCUAAAGCUUCUGAGAAGGCUUCUGGAUUCAAGGCCACCGCUGCCGCCAACUUGCAUCCUUAUACUGAUGCUAGCCUUUUGUCCAUUGCAGUUUCUGGUACUUGCCCCAAGUCUAUCAAGGCUACUGCUUCUGAAUCUAUGCAAGCCCUUAAAUCCUUGACUUCUUCGAUUCCUGUAGAAACCAUUAAGGCCGCCGUUGCUGAUGCCAAGACUAAGUACCUCAGUGCAUAUGAACCCAGUGUUUUAAACCCUGUUUCUACCACUUCUCUCUUUGCUACAAGUUAUCAACCUGAGCCUUUCAUUUCUGCUUUAGAUGCUGUCACACCAGAGUCUGUCGCCAAGACUGUCUCCACCUUAUUAUCUCGUCCUGCUAGCACCGUUGCUGUUGGCAAGCUCAACCAUUUGCCUUACUAUGAUGAGCUCUAAAGUUUCCCUCGAUCUUUUUGUUCUUUUAUUAUUUAAUUGAACAGCAUUCCAAUAUAGCUCUAAAAGUACCUGAUAAUUAUCCAAAUUGCUGAAUUUUCUUACAUUAAAAAGAAAAAUAUAUAGCAAGCCUUGGAAUUACUUUCUUUUUACCAUCGCUGUGUUAUGGUUUUCUUUCCAUUGAAAGGUAUUGAAUAAAACUAUGACUACUUCAUGGAAUUUUAUAUCAGCUAUACUACAAAUUCGUGAAAAUAAAUCUACAUCCAUAAAGAUCAAACUUGCAAAUUAAGUUGUAUGCCAUUUAUUU